GAGUCAUGCUACCUUUGAAUCACUUCCUUCAGUUCGUCACACAAGCUGUCCUCUUCAUCUUCUUGCUCCACCAAUCCCUCGCUUCUCCAAUUAUACUAUGACUCCCGGAGUUCGAAUCCCCCUUUGCGUGCAGUGCGGCACCCACUCCAACCCCUGCCGCUGCAAGGUGGUGGGCCCGACGCUGGGGUUCUUGGCCUUCGCAGUCGCCGCCAUCGUGGAGUGGCCGGUGGGGGCUCUGGUAUACUGCUUUCGCCACAUGAAGGGUCGCCGUAUCAUGGCUCACCCUGCCGCUGUGGUGUAUCCGUCUGUGUCCAACGCUAUUCCCAUUUGAUGAUCGGCGUGCGCGCGGUGGACGCAAAAACUGUGUAGAUGUGCUGUUCUUGAUCUACUUGCAGUAAUAAUAAUAACAGUUAUCUACGUGGUUGAGUUGUGUAAAUGGUUUCUGGAGUAUUUGGUGAUUAAUGAAACGGAAAAUGUGGUGUUGCAGAAAAGGAAUGUGGAAAAUAUAAACAAAUAUUGUUGCGUGGA